AUGGGUCGUGCCACCCUUUUCUCCGCACUUGCACUUCUUGUCGGUCAUGUCCUGCAAGCGACCGCUAUCCCAUCGGCUCUUCCGCAAGACAAGACUUUCAACCAGGUGCUCCUUAGCGAUCCAUACCAAGACCAAUCUGUCCCAUCAAUACCGACAGAAGACAAUGUCCAACACAGUGAUGUCAUCCACGUCGGGGCACCCGAGACAAUGCGAGCACCAUCUUGGUUCACCUCAACACUCAUGGCCCGUCGCCUCCUAGCCCUGUCAACAACGGGCACCGUCUCGAGCAUUUUCCCCGACCCGCUCCCCGGCAACUCCCACGCUCCCGCUUCCGUGGCCGGCCUCCCCAUCAGCCUCCCAGAGUACAUCGCCGACUGCGACGAAUACCUCCCCGCAGACGUCAGCAACGGCGGCGACGGCAACCCGACCUUCCUUGCCCUCCGCGUCUCAACAACCUUUCGCAACACCGCCGCCGGCUCGAACAUCAGCCUCGCAAUCGAUUGGUGGGACCACCUGAACGAGACCAGGCCCAUCUCGCCCGGGUUUCCCCUUAGCGAAGCAGGUCUCCCGCGUGUCACUCUGAUCGGGUACGUGGAGCCGUUUGAUACGCCUGUACGUGGGGAUACAGAGGCAGCGCUGGAGGAGUGCUAUCUGCGCGCGCAUCCGGAUGCGAGUGUCUGGCUGCCAGGGAAGCCUGGGGCACCGCAUUCAAGCUACUGGGCGAAGAUGGUAGUGGAGCAAGUCUAUUGGAUCGGCGGGUUUGGAGGCUUGCAGCAGAUUGGUUGGAUGAAUGUUACUGAGUGGAAGGGGAUCCGGCGUGUGGGAAGUCUGCCUGGAGUCGGUGAUGGGAGGGGAUGGGAAGAUGUGAGACUUCCUGGGGAGAUGGAGUAA